AUGGCGUUUCCUUUUCGGGACAUCAACGUGCAAGUGUCGGCGGACUCGUACAUUUUCAAGUCGCCGUCGUCGCCGGACGCGUUGGCACUGACGAUCGACCGGCCGACGGGCGAGGUGCGGCUGGAUGACGCGGCGCUACUCUCGGGCAAGCGAGCGUCCCGCAUCUUUAGCAUCAAGGGCAUUCUGGGCAUGAUCCAGCUGCGGCUCGACAAAUAUGUGAUUGUGAUUACCAAGGACGAACCGGUGGGCCGGCUCAAGGGCCACAUGGUACACCGGAUUGCGGCGGUGGACUUUCUGCCGGUACACGAGCGGCAGGUGCGGGACCCGGACGAGGACCGGUUCCUGUCGCUGCUGCGCGGGUUUCUCCGGUCGGGGCGGAUGCACUAUUCGUACACGCUGGACCUGACGAACAGCUUCCAGCGGCAGGCGGCACAGCAGGACGCAGCAGCGAUGACGGCGGGCGGACAAGAACUGCCGCUGUGGAUGCGAGCAGACGACCGAUUUUUCUGGAACCGGUUUGUGCAGUCGGACCUGAUCGACUUCCGGCGCAAGGGUGCACGAGGCCAGCCGGGGCCGCAGGCAGGGGCAGACCCGUAUAUCCUGGCGGUGGUGUUUGGCGUGCUGGAAAUCAAGCCGACGACGUUCCGAGGACGGCCACUGACGCUGGCCCUGCUGACGCGACGGUCACGAUUCCGGGGCGGGACGCGGUUCUUCUCGCGCGGCAUGGACGCGGAGGGCCACGUGGCCAACUACAACGAGACAGAGCUGGUGGUGGUGCUCAACGACAGCGGUGGCAGCAGCAUGGGCGGGUUCAGCAGCGGUGGCGGCAGCAACAGCGGCGGCGGCAGCACGGCGGACGAGACGCAGAUUCUGUCGUACGUGCAGACGCGCGGCAGCGUGCCGACGUUCUGGGGUGAGAUCAACAACCUCAAGUACACGCCGAAGCUGGAGGUACGCAGCGACGCGCGGGGAAUCGAGGCGGCCGUGCCGGCAGCGACGGCACACUUUGGCGAGCAGGUGCGGCUGUACGGCGACAACUACCUGGUCAACCUGGUCAACCAGAAGGGACGGGAGCAGCGGGUCAAGGAAGCGUACGAGCGGCUGGUGCGCGGGAUGGCAGCGACGCCGGGCACGGCGCAGAGUGUGGCGGCCCACGUGCACUAUAUCUACUUUGACUUCCACGCCGAGACCAAGGGCAUGCGGCUGGAGCGGGCAGCCUUGCUGCUGGACCGGAUGCAGGAGGCGCUGGUGGCGCAGCAGUACUUCCGGGCGGCCGACAUGCCGGCAUCGGCACGGCUGGAGGUGCGCAGCCUGCAGACGUCGAUGGUGCGGACGAACUGCAUGGACUGUCUGGACCGGACCAACGUGGUGCAGACGAUGCUGGCGCGCUGGACGCUGGAGCGCAUGUUUGCCGACGUCGGGCUGAUGCCGCGGCGGAGCGACAAGAACGCGGGCGUGGGCUCGUCGUCGACGCUGCAGGCGCAGGAUCCCGAGUUUGAGCUGCUCUUCCGGAAUCUCUGGUCCGACAACGCCGACCUGGUGGCGGCCAGCUAUGCCGGCACCGGUGCCAUGAAGACGGACAUGACGCGGCUUGGCCGACGCACCAAGCGCGGCGCCCUGCGCGACGGCCAGAUCGCCGUGACGCGCUACUGCCUCAACAACUUUUUCGACGGUCCGCGCCAGGAUGCUUUUGACCUCUUUCUCGGCAGCUACCUGCCUGGUGAGGCCGCUGUCGGACCGUCGCUCGUCUUUGCCGACCGCCGCCCCGUGCUCAUCCAGGCGGUGCCGUACGUCUUUGCCUUUAGCGUCUUCUUCCUGCUCGUCGGCCUCUUUACCCGCCGGAUGCCCGACUCGGCCGUGCUGCCGCUGCGGCUCUUCCUGCUCUUCUGGGGCGUCGUGGCUGCCUACAGCGGCCAUUUUAUGCUCCGGACGGGCGAGCUCUAUGUCAACUGGCCCAAACUGAUCCCCCGGCCGUCGUCGGUCGAGGACUACCGCGAAGCCAUGAACAAGGCCCGCAAGGACAAGCUUCUGGGCGCGCUUGUCACCCGGCACGAGCGCGGCCUCAGCACGGCGCGCUACUCGAGCGCCGAGGAGGGGAAGAAGCGGAUCGAAUAG